AUGACAGGCGCCACCUUUGGGACGUCUAGCGAUGCAGAUUCCGUGUCUACUGGAACGCCAAACGUUGAUCGAACUGCCACUGAUUCUGCAGUACAGCCUCCCUUGCCUUCGCCGCCUUCUCCGGCGACCGGCAAGAAACGCAGGCCUUCGAAGUACAAACCCCCGAGGCAGCUUUCCCGCUCUGCUUCCACGCCGCAGCUGCGAGAGGCUGCCAUGUCUGAUCUGGAGCUGGACAAGAAGCGCAACAAGCUCGGCUAUCAAAGGAUCUCCAUUGCUUGUGCGCACUGCCGUCGACGGAAAAUCAGAUGUCUGCUCGCCGAAGGAGACCCUCAGCGCAGAUGUCAGAACUGCAUACGUCUGAAGAAGGACUGCCACUUCUACCCGGUAGAGCAACAGGCUGCCAUGGAAAAUGGUACAGAGCUCGGAGGUCCGAUCAUUCCAGGUUCCGACCCGCCGUCUGUGGUGUCAGUAUCACCGCAACACGGUGGUAUGGAUAGAGGGUUCGACUCCGCCGCGGACUUCCGCUUUUCUACUCUGCCUUCGAAUGCGCCUCUAACCUUUCAGGGCAUGCCUUUCGAGACCGGGAGUGCGCUCUCUGGCCAUGGUAGUCUGAUUGACGCUCCAGAAAGGGCUGGGCGUGCUGACGCAUUACCUGGCGGGUUUUCCCAGCCCGAGUACAGUUAUCGCAUGGCACAUGAUCCUCGUUCUUGGCCAACAAGCAGGCCUUCGGACGCGUCUUCAAUACACGCAGGCCCCGAAACCCAAUUACACGUUUCGCAAGCGUCGCCGUUUGCCCAGGCUGGCAUGACUGGCGAUUUUGCUCCAUACCCCACGAACAACACUGCGAACUCAGGCUCAAUCCAUCCUGCGCAGGGUUUCUCAUACCCUCAUUCUCGGUCCGAGGCCGCAUGGCAACAUUCGCAGCCACUACGGUCUUCAUCAUACAAUCAGCUUGAUACAAUGCAAAGUCCCCAUGCGGCGUAUCCAAAUUCAUUUCAGCAGAUGCAAGACCCUCAUAAUGCGGCUAUGCGAUACCCGCCGACAUCGCUUGCCCUAUCCACCUUACCGAUGGCGGCGCAUACAAAUGGACCACAUUCGGCGCCAGUUGGAGGACCAAUACGUUCCUUGGGGCAGCCACAGGCCUUUUCAUUCCCGCAGCCAACAGGUCACCCGGACGGCGCGCCUUUGUUCCAAUCCCAGUCAUAUCCGACGGGUUGGUAUACGGAUCACACUGCGUUCGGCCCACUUGCAGAAGAGCCAGAGAAUUACGGUAGCGGGCAACAGAGACCGGGCUGA